AUGCUGUAAACAAUCCGUUUCUUGUGUCAUCAAAGCGUGCAAAAUCAGAUAGUGAAUCACACAGUGAUGGAAGCAAUUCUUCAUCAGAACAUGCAAAAUCAGAUAGUGAAUUACUCAGUGAUGAGAAAUCAGAUAGUAAAGCUCCCAGUAAUGGAAGCGAUCUAUCAUGGAAGCCUGAUGAAUGUGAAGAAGAUGGGACCGAAGAAGAUGAGGAUGACAAAAUAGAGAAACAAAAAGCAAUGAUAUUUUAUUUUGUAGGGCCAGCAGAUAUAGAAACGAACGUAUCUAAAAUUCAAAAUAAGAACGAUGGUCAUAUUAUUGACGGAAAGCUCUGGGAUAGUGCUAUUCAACAAGUUUACCAAGAAUAUCCAUUACCUGACCUGCCGGAUAAUUGGCUGUCUAAAUGCAAUGAAAUGGCAAAGGAAGUCGAAUUAUUUGUUUUUCUCAAAAUUAAAUAUUCAAUUAGGGCGAAUGAGGCCCUUGAUUCAUCUGCACAUCGCAAAAAGAAGUUUGAUCCCUCUUUAGAACCGGAUUUUGCAGUUUAUGCCUCUGCAAAUCAAGAGAGGGAGAAUUUGCUCAUAGCUGAGAUCAAACCUUUGAUACACAAAUCACCAAACAAAAAUACGUUAAAUGAUCUUGUAAAAUUGGGCAAUGAAUUGAAGUAUUGUAUUGAUAAGAUGGUAGACGAUGGCAUAUACGAUAAUGUUCCAGUAUGUGGAAUAUUAGUUGAAGGCAAGUAA